GAGAGGAAUCCUUCAGCCACAAACGAGGCAGCGGCAGAGAGGAGAGGCUAAAGAGAAACACGUAGAGAGGUGUCAAGUCAAAGGAACCACAUUUAGGACUCAGUUCAAGUAGUAGACGGCGCUGUUCCUUCAUCAGGUGGUCAGCGGACUCACCGAGGCGAGGAUUAUGUCCAAACCCGUGACCAACGUGAAGGCCUUGCAGGCUAAUCUGAACAUCCCGAUGGGAGCGCUGCGUCCGGGGGCGGGACUUCCUGUCAAGAGGAGAGAGGAGACAGCGGACACAGAGGAGGCUCAACCACCAGAACUACCAAUGCGUCCCCCGUCACUAGAAGAGAAGAAAUCUUUGCAGAAGCUACCGGGCCCAGCAGUCAACCUAUCGGAGCUACAAAACAAAAAGAGUGAACUACGAUGGGUCACCAAGGAGUAACAUGAAAUUGAGCCGAAGAGGAUGGACGAUAAUCUCCACAAACUCGGACUUUCCUUCUGCUGUGAAAGAGUAGAAACACUGCAGCUACGAGAUAUCAGAGGAACCCCAACAAUCUGUCUAAAAUUACCUCUAAAAACGUUCCCUAAUUCAAUAUUUCAGAUUAAAAUACACAUUUAAGCUAAUUUAUCAUUUUUAAAAGUAGAAAUAUUCUGUUUUUGCUGCAGUUUGGGUUUGAACUCACUGAAUAAGAUGAGAGGUGUCAGCCAUUAUUUAAGUAUUUUAGGGUUUGUUUAGUUUAUUAGUUUAGAAUGAAACACAUUUAAAGAAUCCUCCUUUAUCCCAAAACAAAACUAACUAACAUUGUAGCAUUAAACUUUUAGGCACUUUAGCUUUUUAGGGCCGCGUUAGUUGGGUUGAGUAGCACUACGUCAGCAGAUUUUUACUCUAGCAAAAGUAAAAAGCUAAAGAAACAACUCAAAAGUAUUUGGUAAACACAGUUACAAGUAACUAUAUUUUAAAAUGAUUUAAUCAAAUAUAGUAAUAAAAUAACAAUUCAGACAAAGGAAACACUUUCAAAUAUACAUUUAUAUUUUCAAUACAAAUUAUGAAACUAAUACUUAAAGCAGGCAAUGUAUACAGUAAUAUGUAAUAACAUUAUUUUUGGUGUUUACUGUAUUUUCUUAACCUUCAAAUAAUAUUAGGACAACAAAGCUUGUCUAUUAAGAAGAGGUCUCACUUCAACAUAAACCGUAGAAGUGCCCAUUUUUGGCUAAAACGUGUUUAUUCUUCAUUCAGUGACGUUAUUUGCAGUGAAUAAAUUUUACUCGAGUAGUAAUAAUAUUAUUAAUGUAAAACUAAACAGUACAUCUACUCCUAAACGUUAACUGGCCUGUGAUUAAAUAUUUCUACUGGAUCCACUGAAGGGUUGGUUGCUUGGGGAUUGGAAGUUAUUAUUUGUAUUUUGUUGAUUUUUUCCAGAAAAUUAAUAUUAUCACAGUAAAACCUAUAAAAAAACCAACAGACCCAUUUUGUCAUUUCCUGUUAAAGUAAAACACAAAAAAAUCAUAUGUUGGUUUUCUAUACCAAAACAUCUGUUACUCAGUGGAAAUCAAAUAAAUGUAGCAAAAUUUCAUUUUAUACACUGGUGUAGAUUUUCAGUGUUUGAAUAAAAAGCAACAGGACUAUAGUUAUAGUCAACAAUCACACACACCAAUAGGCCGGUAACAUCAGUAAUCGGAUAUAAUGGACGAAUGAUUGUUCUGACCGUAACUUACUCUGAUACUUCCUGCUUAUGUUCAGAACUGACGAAACCUUCUGGAUGAGUAGUGAAAAGUCUAGUUGCCCUUUAUUUGAGGAUUUGUCUUUAUUGUCUGUUUUAUUUUUAUUUUUGAGUGUCACCAUAUUUUUGAAAUUUUGGGGUUGUCAAUGACAACCGUGGGAUGGGUUGUAAUAAAAUAAAGUGAUGACAAUUGUGGCUCCAACUGUGAAACAAAGAGCUUAAUGGAAAUGCGCCAAUUUAUAAAAAACCCCCAACAUUUUCGGUAAAACGUUUUUGCCCCAGCAUGAGGCAGUUUCUCAGUUGUAUUAAAAUUAGUAUAUUUCACAAAACUGCAA